AUGAGUUUGGACGAUUGGAAUCUCUCGUCGGACGAAGAGGAAGGAUUUGACGAAUGGACCAAUGGUGCUCGUGGUGGCGCCACCAACAACACCUUGUCAAAUGAGUAUGCAAGAACCACCAAUAGAAAUGGCAUUGGUACCAAGAAGAACUUUCUUGCAGCUAACAAUGCUUCUCUGAGUAGCGAUGAAGAAAGCAGUGACGACGACGAAGGAGACGCAAAUAAAACAGGCCCAAUGACCGUUUCCUUCUUUGGGGAAGGACAUGAAAAAGAAGGAAAGCAGAAUGGAGAUGACGACGAGGAAGACCACGAUGACGACGAAAUUGAUUGGGAAGACGCAGAAGAGGAAGAGGACAACGAAAGCAAUGGUGGUACAGCAACUGUCGUCGGGGGGAAAGCUCAGUCGUCCGCACAACUCAAGCCCAUCACUGUGGAAAUUGCCAUUGGAAAGAACAAGAACAAGCCCGAUGAGGCCAAACUAGCAAGACAAACCAAAAAGAGAAAACGUGCCCGACGGUCCUACCAGCACGAACAUUUGGCGCCCGACCUACAACGGUUCCUAGUCGAUUUGCAAAAGACUCAUUUAUUGUCUCUUGUAGCACAUGCGACCAAGGCCUCCUGUUAUUGUUGUGAGGAGCAAGUCUUGUGCAUCGCCCAUAGCAUACUUCCCACCGCCUGGCUAUCCCAACAACAGCAACAACAGAAACAAGCACCAACCAUGCAAGAGCUGGGACACUUUUGCAAUUUUUUCUUUACCUUGGUGCGAAAGCAUCAAAUGACUCCGGGAGGAUAUGGAUCGUAUCGAAAAAACAAAUCAUCACCCAACAAUAACAAAAGGGGCAAGAAUGGGUACUACCCAAAUGCUACCACCAUGCACUAUCGCACCAUUGAAUAUUGCUCCCAUCUAGGCAGUAAUAGUAACAAUCGUCGUCAGCAGAGAGGAAAAGGAAAAAAGAAUGACCCUCCAUCACCAACAUUCAAUUGCUACGACAAGGUCCAUUUGCUCAUUUCAUUGGUGCGGUCCCUGGGAUGGAGGGCUCGUUAUGUCAUUGCCUUUGAACCCACCAAAAAGGACUUGGAUGUCAAUCAUCCCAUCUUUGUAGAGAUCAUGGGGGAGCGUUGCAAGAAUGUCUUUCAACGAGUAUGGUACGAAAGUCAACAACAAAAGAAGAAGAAGAGGAAGAGUAAAAAGACAUACACCAAACCUCAAGUUGUGGAUUUAACAACAAUGGAUGAUGGCGUGAAGGACCAAGAGGAUAUGGAUUCCAAACCCGCCGCAAAACCAAGUAGUACUACUAGCAAUAUUCAGGAAACGGAUGAAAUCAAACCACCAGGAUACCAAUGCUGGGUCGAAAUCCUAUGUCAUACCACCACCACCACCACCACCAGCAGCAAUAAGAACCAGGAAACGACGACUGCUGCCAAUAAUAAGUAUCAAUGGAUUCCCGUCGAUCCAAGAUUCGAGUUGAUAAAUCAACCUCAAUCGGUAGAAGGCAUCUUGUAUGCGGAUCAGAAUGAAUUACCCUUCAAGACUGGAACCAAAAAGACGAUUCCGAUAUCCUACGCCUUGGCGGCAGAACACAUUCCAAGUCAUGUCAACAAGCGAUUGACCGAUGUCACUCCACGAUAUUCUUCGAGCUGGACGGAUACCCUCAAGAAACGAGGCGUCAUUCGAGGAAAGCAAACUCGUGUCAAGGAAGGUGUAAAGGUGGACAAGUGGUGGAAAUCGGUGCUUAGUCAGGAGAAUCAUCAUCAUCAUCAUCCUCAUCCUCAUGAUAUUCAUGCGACUGAGAAACGAAAAGCCCUUCGUGACAAGGGCAAAAGUGCCAAGGAUGCAAUCCUAUUGGACGAUGAACACUUGGACGAAGUGGGCAAGAAGAAGAAGGAGAAGGCAAAAGAUGCUAGUACUAGCCACAAAUCAAUAGAAAUGGUGGACGAUCACGAAGAAAAGGAGCUUAAGGCAUCCGUCAAACAGGAACCCAUUCCAACCAGCAAGACGGCCUUCAAGAGUCAUCCAAUUUAUGUGAUUCCUUCCGUGAUGAAUGCCAACGAAGUCUUGGUACCCGAUGCCAAGAAGCGAUUCUGUGGCAUUUUCAAGGGAGAAAUGGUUUUUCGUCGCAUCGAUGUGGAACAGGCCCUUCCUGCCAAGAAAUGGUUGUACCGAGGCCGCAAGGUUCGAGUUGUUGAAAUGUCAAAACCCAUCAAGCGGGUCAAGGCACGAAAGAAACCCGCUGCCCAAGGGUUCAAGGCACUCAAGUCAUAUGGAGUGGGAAAUAGUAAUGACGGUGGUGAUGAAUUUCAAAAGAAGCAGUUGGAAGAUGGGGAAGCUCCAUUGGAGGAUGGAAAAGAGAAUAUUUAUGCAUCUUGGCAGACCGAUGCCUGGAGUCCUCCUAUUGUAGGUCCCAACGACCCCAUUCCAGUCAACGAGCACAAGAAUAUCGAAUUGGAACUAUUGAAUCCUGGACUCGUCCAUGUGCAGUUGGAACGGAUUGCCAAAUUGGCAAAGCAACUCGGAAUUCCCUACGCUCCCUGUCUGUUGGGAUUUGAAGGCCAUGGUGGCAAUCGCACCCCGACCAUUCGCGGAAUUGUUGUCCAUGUGCACAAUGAACACUUGCUCCGGGAGGCCCAUGCCGAAUUGUCCAACCACCAGUUGGAAGAAGAGCGUGAAAGUUAUGAGAAAUCCAUGUGGCUCAAGUGGAAACGAUUGUUGGAGGGAGUUCUCAUCCGAGAUCGUUUGGAACGAGAAUAUGGUGACGACGACGAUUAA